AUGGCUCCGCCUCCGCCUCCGCCUCGGCGUGCUGCGCUCCUCCUCGCUGGGCUGCUGCUGCUGCUGGCGUUGGCCGGGUCCGCCUUCCCCGGCGCCACGGCUACCGGCGUCUUCCAGGUGCGCCGCAAGUUUCCCGUGGGUGUGGGAGGGGGUGCUGCUGGCGCCAACAUCAGCGCCCUUCGCGCCCACGACGGCACCCGCCACGGCCGCCUCCUCGCGGCCGCCGACCUCCCUCUUGGCGGCCUCGGCCUCCCCACCGACACUGGCCUCUACUACACGGAGGUCAAGCUCGGGACGCCGCCCAAGCGCUAUUACGUCCAGGUCGACACCGGCAGCGACAUCCUCUGGGUCAACUGCAUCACCUGCGAGCAAUGCCCCCGCAAGAGCGGACUCGGGUUAGACUUGACGCUCUACGACCCCAAGGCGUCCUCGACCGGGAGCACGGUGAUGUGCGAUCAGGGAUUCUGUGCAGCCACCUUUGGGGGAAGGCUGCCAAAGUGCAGCGCCAAUGUGCCCUGUGAAUAUAGUGUCACGUACGGUGAUGGUAGCUCGACGGUAGGUUCCUUCGUCAACGAUGCACUGCAGUUUGAUCAGGUGACUGGGGAUGGGCAGACACAGCCUGCCAAUGCCAGCGUCAUUUUUGGGUGUGGCGCUCAACAAGGUGGGGAUUUGGGAAGUUCAAGUCAAGCCCUUGAUGGAAUUCUUGGUUUUGGUGAGGCAAAUACAUCAAUGCUAUCACAACUAGCUACUGCUGGUAAAGUGAAGAAGAUAUUUGCUCAUUGCUUGGAUACUGUAAAAGGAGGUGGAAUUUUUGCUAUUGGAGAUGUGGUGCAGCCAAAAGUAAAAACAACACCAUUGGUAGCCGACAAGCCACACUACAAUGUGAACCUUAAGACAAUCGAUGUUGGUGGCACUACACUAGAACUCCCGACAGAUAUUUUUAAACCAGAUGAUAAAAAGGGUACCAUAAUCGACAGUGGUACCACCUUGACAUACCUUCCAGAAUUGGUUUUCAAAAAAGUAAUGCUCGCGGUAUUUAAUAAGCAUCAGGAUAUAACCUUCCAUGAUGUUCAAGAUUUUUUGUGUUUCCAAUAUCCUGGAAGUGUAGAUGAUGGAUUCCCAACCAUCACCUUCCAUUUUGAGGAUGAUCUUGCGCUGCAUGUGUAUCCCCAUGAGUACUUUUUCCCAAAUGGGAAUGACGUAUACUGUGUGGGAUUCCAAAAUGGUGCAUUACAGUCAAAGGACGGAAAGGACAUUGUGCUUAUGGGAGAUCUUGUCCUUUCAAACAAGUUGGUUGUCUAUGACUUGGAAAAUCGAGUCAUUGGGUGGACUGACUAUAACUGUUCGUCGAGCAUUAAAAUUAAGGACGAUAAAACGGGCACAACAUCUACUGUCAAUUCACAUGACUUGUCCUCUGGAUCGAAAUUCCACUGGCACAUGUCCCUGGUUCUGUUGGUAACAAUGCAUUCUGACAUUUCUCAGGAGUAA